CAGAUAUACUAAGAAAGUGUGAGACAUGGAAGAAGAGAGACUGUUGACUGCCCAUGACUCUAAAAUGAGCUGUGAGGAAUUGAUUUUUUGAUUGGAUUGGACCCUACAGGCCAUGUGAACCCUCUAUACAGUUCAUUUGGGAUAGCUGUGAUCAAGUCAUUGUGCUAUUUCGAGGGUCAAAAUUAUGACUUCGGUGAUUCACUGAAGUCAUUUUCUAAUUUCUGGUCUGUUUCUGAUCAACUGGAUAUCAAUCGAGCUGUAACUCUGAAGGACUUGACAGUUGGAGUGAAUGUAAUGCUCUCCUCGCUGAGUGGAGAAAGAGACGUGUUAAAACUAGGAGACACCGACAUGAAGGUACUCUGUGACCAUUUACUUUUGUGCCUCAGGAGGAUAGAGUGGUUCUACCCAUAACAGAUGAGAAGCGUUAAAGGAAGCCUGAGGAGAAACAUGCAGUGGUUUGGCUAGUGGACUGGGAAGAUCUGGAAGAAAAGGAACGCUGGAAAUCAACAUUUAUCGGAAGCACUUGCACACAAGAUAACAACGGUUGUGCCUCACCUCUCAGUUCCAGUUGACACUUAGUCUGUGUUGGACGGAGCGGUGGACUUCCUGUGAGCCAGGUCAAUUUUGUAUGAGCUGGGCUGAAAGUGUGAAGCUACGUGGCUGUGCCCCACUGAGGCAUGAGUGUGGGAAGGGCCCACCACCACAGCUUCAUAUCCUGUGAAGAAGAAGGCCUGAGACUAAGUACCAUGCCUGCUGUGGGUAGCUUUGGCAAUGGCAAGAUUCACACAAGACGCAAAUACCGUGGGCGGUUUGUCACCAAGACUGGCCAAUGCAACAUCCAUUUCUCAAACAUGGAUGAGAAGUCACAGCGGUACAUAUCUGACAUUUUCACAACUUGUGUGGACAUCCGCUGGCGAUACAUGUUCCUACUGUUCAGCCUGGUGUUUGUGGUGUCCUGGUUAACAUUUGGCUUGGCAUUCUGGGUCAUUGGCCUCCUACACGGUGACAUGGACCAUUCCGGAGAGGACGACAGUUUUGUUCCUUGUGUCACUCAGGUCAACACCUUUGUGGCAGCUUUCCUGUUCUCCAUAGAGACCCAGACAACCAUUGGGUACGGUGCCCGCUGUGUGACAGAGGAAUGCCCGGCUGCCGUCUUCAUGGUGGUCUUUCAAUCCAUCAUGGGCUGCAUCAUCGAUGCCUUUAUGAUUGGUGCUAUCAUGGCAAAGAUGGCGAGGCCCAAAAAGCGUGCACAGACUCUACUGUUCAGCCACAACGCAGUCAUCGCCUUGCGUGAUGGGAAGCUGUGCCUCAUGUUUCGAGUUGCUAAUCUAAGGAAGAGCCAUAUUGUGGAAGCUCAUGUGCGUGCCCAGCUCGUCAAGCACCGUUACACGGAGGAAGGCGAGUAUAUCCCCCUGGAUCAGAUUGACAUGAACGUGGGUUAUGACAAAGGCACAGACCGCCUGUUCCUGGUUGCUCCCCUUACUGUCAUACAUGAGAUUGAUGAAGAAAGUCCACUUUUUGGCAUCAGUAAGCAAGAUCUGGAAACAUCUGACUUUGAGAUAGUAAUUAUACUUGAAGGGCUGGUGGAGGCCACAGCCAUGACGACACAGGCACGGAGCUCUUACCUGUCCACGGAGAUCUUGUGGGGUCACCGUUUUGAGCCUGUUAUCUUCGAGGAGAAGAGUCAGUACAGGAUAGAUUAUGCCUACUUUCACAAAACAUUUGAAGUACCAUCCACCCCUAGAUGCAGUGCCAAGGAAAUGGAGGAGAGAAAAUUCCCAGCUUCCGGUGCCAACUCCUUCUGCUAUGAGAAUGAGCUAGCCUUCAUCAGCAGGGAUGAGGAGGAUGAGGGAGAUGUAGAGAAAGAGGAAGACAGGAAGUGGUCAUCAGAGCUGGUGAAUGAGCCAACCACUCCUAGAGAGUAACAGUUGAAGAAAUCCAAAGCUUGAGAGGCCUGCUAAUUGCUACCACUGAUUGCACAAUUACUGGUCAGUCAAAGCGAUUAGCGAAUGAUCAACUGAAAUUAAUUUCAGUUCAUCUCAGAUGCAGUAUGUGUUCUAAACAGAAAAUCAUAACUGUACACUAAUGUUGUGCAGCAGGUCAAAAAGCCAUGAUCCUGGCCUGUGUGAGUCAAAACAUACAAAAUGAAAUAACCAAAGACAAAUAACACCUCAAAGUUCAGCCCUGUCUGUAAUCUCAGGACAUAAAAACACACCAAGAACAGGAUAGUUUUACUCUAAACUGUCACAUAUUGGUAAUCAAAGACUUGACUCAUAAUUUCGGAGGGCCCCAAAAGGCAGUAAAAGAGUCUAAUUAAAGUCGUCUGCAGUGAAACCGUGUCACAUGGGAGACAAAGUGGAGUAAUAUCAUAUCACAUCAAUGCCCUAUAUUGAAUUAAAAGGCCAAAUCCAGAAAAUCUAAUGGGAAGUCCUGACACACAACACCAAAUACAGUACUGAGGAUAUACUGUAUACCGUAUCUUUUGAAAGUUGAUAUAAAGCCAACACAUUAAUGACUCUUUAAUGUUUUAGAUGAACAUGGGACAUAUGUUUUGGUACAUUUAUAUGGUCGGUAAUCACUUGUGCAAACUAGGUAUUUCUGUGAACAUAAGAUCAAGAGGUUUUAAGAAGCUCUAACUCAGAUUUAGAUGCCGUAGUGUCAUGAUAAUGUCAUCAUAGAUAUAUCAGAUAAUACACUUCAUCUCAUGGUAUCUCAAAGUAAAACAUGUAAUAGAUUAUGAAAAAUGUAUUUGAAGAAGCAAGAAGUGAGUUUGAAGAGUAAGUAUGUCACAAUGAUAAAAAAAAUAAUGAAUAUCCUGACCUUGAGAAAAUUUGUUGGUAUAUUGUUAAAGUGAAUCAAUGUGAAAAAGCACAGCAGGCAUUCAGCAAAAUUUGCUUAAUUGUAAUCAUGUGUUUCAUACAGACAUACACAGCUUCGAGGGAGGACCGUGAGUGUCCUAGUUUCACUCUGACCUGCUCAUGUUGUGGCGGAUCACACACAUGGCAACAA